GGCCGCGAGUGCGCAGCGCGCCGCAGUGUUGCUACGAUUUCCGUCGCGUUUCCCAGCUUUCCUCAGUGCUUUUCCGGUCUCACGGUCGGUGCCCGCAGGCUUCGCAACCACCACGAAGAGUUACGUUGGAUUUCGAGCGAUUUAUGUGCUCCUCAGGACGAUGAAGUCGUGACAGGAAGCCGUUGGAGAAGCAACUGUAUCAGGUGAAAAAUGAUAUUACUGGUAUAGGUGAGCUCUCAGCUCACCGCAAUCAGGACUGAAUUGCCCCCUUUGAAAGAUGUCUUAAUAUGGGUCAGCCUUGGAUGCUAAUUCCUGCAGCUGCUAUUUUACUUGUGACAAGACAAACAGAGGCCCUUUCUGAUAUCUUCGAAGAGGGAAAAUCGGACAAAGAAAUACUCGAUAAUUUACUUAAGGCUACACGGUAUGAUAAGAGACUUCUUCCCCCAGUUCAAGGCACUUUAACGGUGAACAUAAGCGUUCUUCUACUCAGCCUAGCUUCUCCAGACGAAUCUAGCUUGAAAUACGAGGUGGAGUUCUUGCUGCAACAGCAGUGGUACGAUCCUCGGCUGAGAUACUCAAAUCAGAGCAGAUACGAGUUCCUAAACGCAAUCCAUCAUCACAACGACAUUUGGCUGCCUGAUACUUAUUUCAUCAUGCAUGGGGACUUCAAGCAUCCCCUCAUUCCCAUGCACUUUGCCUUAAGGAUUUAUCGUAAUGGAAGUGUCAACUAUCUCAUGAGGAGACACUUGAUCUUAUCAUGCCAAGGCAGUUUGAACAUUUUUCCAUUCGAUGAUCCUGUUUGUUCUUUCUCUAUGGAAAGUAUUUCCUAUGAAAUAAACACGAUAGAAUACGUGUGGAAAAACGACGAAGAUGUUCUGAGGAAGUCUACAAGCCUCAAAACGUUGAACGCUUACCUCAUAGCUAACAAGACGAUAGAGUGUCCAGUGAAAUCUAGUUGGAGGGGUAACUACAGCUGCCUUGAAGUCGAUCUUACGUUUACUAGAGAUAGAUCUUUUUACUUUACAACGGUGUUCAUACCAGGGAUAAUAUUAGUUACAUCUUCUUUUAUAACAUUCUGGUUAGAAUGGAAUGCAGUGCCUGCAAGAGUAAUGAUAGGUGUUACUACAAUGCUGAAUUUUUUCACAACAUCGAAUGGAUUCCGAUCCACCCUGCCGGUAGUUUCGAAUCUGACGGCGAUGAAUGUUUGGGAUGGCGUAUGUAUGUGCUUCAUUUAUGCAUCGCUACUAGAGUUUGUGUGUGUUAAUUAUGUGGGAAGGAAGAGACCUCUUCAUAACGUGGUCUAUAUACCAGGCGAGAAUCCAGUCACCCAGCGUCUGCCCGCUGUUCUAAGCAGGAUAGGCAUUAUUCUCGCCAGCCCCUUGGAAGUGAUAGAACAAGAGUAUUUUUCUUCGUUUUGUGAGUCACCACUACGAAGGCCAAGUUUGAACACGAUCAUGGUGUGUACCUUCCAAAAACACUAUUGUCCUCCAAUUUUUCUGUGUAUAUAUAACGGCGAUCGGAAGAGGAGCUCUAGAAUACCGAAUGAGAUGGUUGCCUGUACGAACUGCGGACCAAGUCCUUGUACUCACACCGCUAGUAAUAGUUGUCCCUCGGAGUCUUGCUUAUUGCAGGUGCGAAAGAAAGAACCCCCACAUCCGAUUCGUGUGGCGAAAACCAUAGAUGUCAUCGCCCGGGUCACUUUUCCCACUGCCUACGCCGUUUUCCUGGUAUUUUUUUUCUACCACUACAAGAGCUACAGCAGGCAGCAGGACGACUGAGGGAGCGACAAGAAGAAGAAGAGAUGCCAGAAAUGAAGUUGGCGGUCCACAAGGUUCAUAACGAAACGUACAAACUCGUACAAUUUAUAGCAAUCAAUUGUUGAGCGACAAAUCAACUUACGGGUUGUCUUCAGUAAUUUCCACGAGAAGGUGCUAAUUUUUGGGGGAUCUCCCGAACUCUGUGGUUCGAUCCGAAUACAUGGAAAGUUUGAUUUUAGGAUUCCUUAAGUUUACUCGAUCGGCAAUCUCCAAAUAUUCUCUUCGCGAAGAACGAUUCGAGAGAUAUUUCAGUGCUGUGUAAAUUUCGAAUGUUUCCUUAUAAGGGCGAUGUAUUUUUCGGUGUACUUCUCAUUUGUAUAUCACAGAGUUUCUUGACUCAUUUUCACAGUUCACAGAGAAUCUCCGUAAUCUGUACUCUGUAGUUAUGUCACACGGAAUUGCGAACGCACACAUGUUUUCCCGCCACAGAUUAUUGUACACUGUGCAUAUACUUAUUUACAUUGAACUCUAUAGUUCUCAUAGAGUUCAAUGCUUAUUUAUAAGUCUAUGACACUGUUGGUUGAAUAAUUUAUGUGAAUUCCUGACAUUGAUUGAACUGUGUGAAAUAUAUUUUACUUCGGGCUAAGCUAUGGUAGCGGUAAUAUAAGAAAUUUGAGGUUUACAUCUUCAGUAACUUAGUUCUUGCAAUGUUAUUGAUAAAAAUUCUGACAGUAACAGUUUUUAAGUGGAAUUUUUACAACAAUCGAACACUACAUCGCCUCCGCCUAAAUUUCUCGUGAAAUAUUGUGUAAGAAUACCUCCAGCCAAGGUUUUUUCAUUCCAUUCUUAUAACGUAGAAUAAACUUAACUCACUGCUCAAAGCGUUCUGCUAGUUGUGUAAUAUUUGUGAGCAAUUCGCUAUUUUAAUCUCUGUUGUUGUUUCGAUAUCAUUAUACAUGUAAUGAAAUUUUCGUUUAAUCAUUCAGAGUUCGUCAAACGUGUAACUGAUGAGAUUUUUGUAAAUAUUCGAUUUGUAAGGGUCGAAAGCUUUCUCCCUAGACUUUUAUAUUGUUUGAUAGUAUUAAGCAAUUCAAGAGAUACUUAUUCGAGAGAUUAUCUUCAAGAAGAAGUUAUUAGAUUUCGAGAAUUGGAAAAAAUGGAAAAUUGAGGGAUCUUGAUUGACAAUUUUGAGAAUUACCAACAUCAUAUUUCGGCUUAAGGCAUUGUCGGAAACUUCUUCUAGGUAACUAAUUCGAUCAAAAUAAAGAUCACUCUUUUCUCGUGAUAGGAAAAUACGGAGAAAUCUAAUAUAGUUUUUCCUGAAGAACACCCAGAGUGCUUUAUUAUUAUCCAUAUUCUAAAUGAAUGUUAUGAUUGUGAUACCAUACGAGACAGGUCCAGGAAAACGGAAAGGAGCUUCUAGCUGAAGCGUAUAGUAUUUGUAGGAUUUAUAUUCACGCACACGAACAAGUAAUUUAGACCAAUGCUUCACCCUUUUACUCAUUACCAUAACCUUACUUUGAAUACCAUUUGAAUGCGAAAUAUUUUGUUACAAAGAUUGAAUAUUUACUAAUUUAUCAGCUACCCGUACUUUCAAGACCACACAUUUUGACAUCACAAUGGAACAUUUCCUAUGAUUUUUCUCAAACCCCAACAUUAAUAAUGUUUUUAGUGGGGUCCACCCAAAAACUAUUUCAAAUUGAAUAGUUCACGCACACUAGAAUGGCUGAACAUCUGUAUCAACCACAGAUUAUAGAGUUAGGUUAUGUUAGGUUAACCUAACACUUUAAUCUAAAAUAUUCAACCCUAGUGACGUUGUUACAUAAUCACCAUCUCUAUCAUAUAAAAUUUUCAGCCUCCUAAAUAAAUGAUAAUGAAACAAAUGAGGCAUAAACUGCCAAGUGUGCACUUUUUUCCAAAAAUAUGUCAUUAUUUUACAGGAGUACUAAACUCAUUCUUUCUCCUCCUCCUGAGGAUAUUUCUCAUUCAAAUGGUCUCCCAUCUUUAAGUAGCUUAAAAAUUUUUCAUAGGAUCCUAGAUGAUAUUUGGUCAAUAAUCUUAUAUGAUAAUUCACAUUGUAUAUGAGCAAUAUUUAUCAUUAUUCGCUGUCCGAAUUUUGGGUCCAUAAUGUUUGUGAUUAUUGUUAAAUCCUGAUAACUUUUUUCUGUACAUUGUAUUCAGCGCAUGCUUUUAUGCAGACUGAGCUUCAUCUGAGACUAUGUAUAAAUAUAAAUAUUUAGUAAUAAUUUGAAAAUGUUGAUAUUAUAUUGAUAGAUGAUACGGCACCUUUACUUAUCUAAAUUCUUCAUAUAUGUAUAUAAAGUCCUUAAAUUGUUGUUUUUCAAACAUCUUUCUAUGGUUUAAAUGUGUUUAUUAUUCCAAAGAAUCUUCCUCAGAGUAAACGUGGAAAGUGUAAAUUUUCUCAGAAAUUAUUCAACAAAAAUUUUACUUCCUAAGGGCUGCCAAAGAGAAAGACAAAUUUAAUUCCUCAGGUAAAUUUCCAAUGAAAAUUUGUAACGUUUCGAAAUAAUUGGGAUGUUUGCCAUUCAACAAAUAAUUGGACAGUUUCUCAUAUAGUAAUGCACUUUUACGAUAGGUGAUAAAUUUUCAAUUUGAUAAACUUAAUAUUACCAAAGAUAUGUUUGUUAUUAUGAUAUCCAGUCACAUCCUGAGGUUAUAAGUACUAUUGUUUGCAUCUUUUCAUCAUGAAUCGGUCUUG